CAAAUUUGCCACCGCUCUUACUUUUAAAUUCAUUCUCUUUCACAUUUCACACUUAUUCCUUCGACAUUGCGACACACGUGGAGGACUUGCCUUGGUCAAAAAAAUACUUAGUAUUCUCAGCAUUGGAAUAUCAAUAAAAACAACAAUAGCAACAACAUUUUAAUAUAGAGGCUGCCCCCUUUUUUUUUUUAAGAAUGAUGCAACAAGCAGUCAACAAUGACAUCCAGAUGCAGUCCGGCAUUGAUUUAGAAUCAAUGGAUUAUCAGCAAAUCAUGUCCUUAGGUUUCCCUUUUGUGCCUGUUAAACGUGUUGAUGUCAGAGACGAAGGAGUGGAUAUCAGACAUGAGGUUGAAACCAUUGUCGUUGAAAGCGGCACUCCAGUUGUUCUUGAGAAUUGGCACAAACACUCGAAGUGGAGGGCAGAGUUGUUCACGUUUCCAUACCUUGCUGACACCUAUGGCAAAAAUGUGAUUCUUUGUCGUGACCUUUACUGUGCACAGGAUGUUUCAAUGUCCAUGCUGGAGUAUAUACAAACAGUCCACGCUGAGAGUUUGAAUUCGAGUGUAAGCAACUCAAACUUCCCAAAGCCUAUGCAUAUGGAUGAGACAUCGAUUGGUGGCGAUAUCGGGUUGUUAUCUGACAAGGAUACUGACAUGGAGACACAUAAAUCAGAUCAGACUGAGGCGGUUGUCAAUGGCGAUAUGAGCAUAGAUUCGCUUUUAUCAUUUGUUUCAUCAAAGACAACGACACUAUCGACAAAAUUAUGCGCUACGAGUGACGUAUCGGUUGCCACCAAUUUAGCAAAAUCCGUUGGAUUGAAUAUGGCUAGCGCCACAUCCACAAAUGAAAGAACAAGCAAAGGCACCAAAUCAUUACAGUCCAAAGAAAAUUCCCUUUUGUACGCCAAGGAUGUGACUUGUCCUGAGGACUGGCGUUUAUUUCUGAUGGCAGAUAUCCUACCGCAGCAUCUAGGUUAUUUACGCGAAAAUGAUUUGAACACGCUAAAUCCGGAAGUUGCAGCAGAGAAUUUAAUGAUUUACAUUGGACAAGCUGGGACAUGGACACCUUGUCAUAUCGAUCAGUGCGGCGCCAUUGGGCAUAACAUCAUGACAUGGGCAGACGAUGAUUCUUCUGCUAUAUGGUUCAUGAUUAGAGCAGAAGAUAAGGAAAAAGCAGAGGAACUAUGGCGAUCUUUUGGGUACACGAUGGAAUAUGAAAGUUACUUUGCAUCCGUGGAACAACUGCGCCAGGCAACUUUCCCAAUUUUUGUAGUCGAGCAAAAGGCAGGAGAUUUUGUUAUGGUUCCUUCACUCGGUUACCAUCAAGUUGUCAACCUAGGUAAAGCUACCAUCAAGGUGUCAUGGAACAGACUCACUGCAAACUGCCUAAAAGCCGCGGUCAAUGUUGUCUUACCUCGAUACAGAGAGAUAGGGCGUCCGGAAGGAUAUAGGAUUCGGACUAUCAUCAAAGGCGCAUUGGAAGCUUGGACUGAUCUACUCAAAUCCCAAUCUACCCAAUUACCGUUGCCUAAAGAGCAGUUCUGCCAAUCUUUCAAGGAUAUUGUGCAACUUUUUCAAACUAUUGUCGAAGAUGAAUGGGUUGACAUGUUCUUUUUGGCGAAAAAACACUCAAUCGACAUCAAAUUUAAAAAGCCAAGGAGACUUCAAAAUCCUGCGCCUGCAGUAUGCGAUUUCUGUAAUACGGAUAUAUGGAAUCGCCAGUUUCAUUGCUCGAAGUGCACACAUAAUAGCGAUGCCUACGAUAUCUGUACACGAUGUUACAGCCUCGGACGCGGAUGUAUUCAUAGAGCGACAUCGAUGGAGUUUGUGGAGGCAUUUUCGAUAUCUUCCUGCCAACGUCUUAACACCGAGGCGAUUAAGGCCUGGAAUCAGUCACAGGUUCUAGCUGGCUGCUCUGGGCAUGACCCUAUUAUAGAUGCUUGGGCCAAUGGAAUAAAUCCAGCACUGGACAAGAGCUGUUCCUUCACUACCGUAGCAUAUUUGAGGCAGCAGCGGCUGAGGCAAGCACUCAAGAUAUGUCACCGCUGUAGAAACAGGAACGCCAAAUUUGUAAAUACAUAUUGUUCAGACUGUAAUACCCCUAUAUGCGAGAAAUGUCUGUAUAGGCGAGACAAUGUUUUGUGGGCCGAUGUAGUCUCAAAGAAGGAGCCUUGGGUCUGUCCGCGCUGUACUGGCAACUGCCAUUGUCAUUGGUGUGAAAAAAAGAAUACUACUGUGCAUUCUUCAACUGCAGUCGAUUUAGGAGCAGUGACACCAAACAUAGCGUCAAUGCCUGUAGAAGUGACGCGCAAACGAUUCCCUUUAAUGUUUACCCAACCGGAUGAUGAUGAUCGCAACCGUGGGGGCAUCUGUGACAACAUUAUUAAAUCAUUUGCAAUGGAAGAUCAAGAAUAUGAGUCAAAUCUCAAUAUUGAAGACAACAGUGGAGCCAGAAAGGCAUCUCGGCAAUUGCAGCAAAAGAUUCGCCAGGAUGAUAACGAAAGCAAUUCAAAGGAGGACGCGAAUGCCUCCAGGAAAAAAAGGAGCCGACAGCGCUCGACUAAGGACGAGUCAAAUGGAGAUAGGGGAAGUCGGCUGCGCUCAAAGCCAACAAUGGGUGAAAGGAUUGAGAGACGAGGCCGUCCGCGGCUAAAAGCGGUUAGUGAAGAUGAACCUCGUGGCGGAAGGAGGCCAAGACCACGUUCAAAAGCGGCCGCUAUUACAGGGUCAGAUGACGAGCUUAGACGCCCUGAAAAAAGGGCUCGCGCCAGUUCGCGGUCAAGAUCUGAAGUGGACUGGAAACUUCAGCACAUCGCCUCCGCUAAAAGCUAUGAUAUCAUCGAGAAUUUGUCUGAAUCUAGCCGCCCUAGGAUCAAGAGGAAAAGAGCAUCUUCAAUAUCCUCCAAUUCGUCUGCAACAUUUACAGGCACCCUGUCCUCAGUAUCGCUAUCCUCUGACGAUGAUGAUAGCGAUAGCGAAAUUGAACAGCCUCCAAGGUCGCGACAAAAAGGUCUAGUCCCACGACAAAGACCAGAAAUACAAAAGCCCACCCAUCGGCAACAACUGCAGAGGCAACUGGAAAGUGAAAUGUCUGGCAGGAUCCAGAUUUCACAGACCAGUUUCGAAGAGAUGAUGGGAAUAAAAGAAGAGAGAGUCCUGCGGAGUCUAUAUUCCAACGGCAUGUUCCAGACCAUGCAGGCGCUUAAGGCGAAGCAGUAAACUGGAAAUAUGUGAGCUAGACACUAAAGGAC